CAUCGAACUCAUCUUUUUUUUCUCACCAAAAAUCCAUUUUGACCACAACUCCACGGAUGGAGAUCAUCUCAACACAACAUGAUUCUCCUGCGAACUCUUCCUCCAGCGACGGCUGCAGCACCACCACCAAUAAACCCACCCAAACGCCACCAAGACCCGUUUCAAGAUCCGACCCACCAACAACUUUCAUCCAAGCCGACACCACCUCCUUCAAACAAGUAGUCCAAAUGCUAACCGGAUCAUCCAACCCCACCCGACAACCCGACCCGACUUCAUCCAAAAUAUCCAUCCCGCCGGUUAAAACCGGUCCACAAAAGAAGCAAGGGUUCAAGCUAUACGAGCGCCGAAACAGCUUAAAAAACGGCUUGAUGAUUAACCCAUCGGCUCCGAAAUCAUCUGCGCGGCUUCAUGAGCUGCUUUCUCCAAGCAUUCUUGAUUUUCCGGCGUUGGUUUUGAGUCCGGUGACACCGUUGACUGAAGACCCGUUUAAUAAACCCUCGCCGUCGGAGGAAGAGAGGGUAAUUUUGGAAAAAGGGUUUUAUUUACAUCCGUCGCCCAGGGCGGCGACGCCACGUGGGACGGCGGAGCCGCAGUUGUUGACUCUUUUCCGGUGAAGUCGCCCGCGUGUUUAAAUAAUUAUUGAUUACGAUUAAGAUUAGAGAUCUUUUGCUUUAAUUGUACAACGAAAUUAAUAUAAUUGUUUUUCUUUUAA